ACAAUAUUAUUAAAAAGAAAGUGAUAAACCUUUCUUCAGAUUCUUCUUCUUCUUUUCUGUUUUUAACUUGGUAUCAAAUCUAUAAGCUCGUAGUUUUUUUUUUUUCUUAUUAUCGCUAUUUGGUUUUUGGAGUUGAAUUUUUAAAUCCAUUCCAGAUCUGAAACUUUACCAUUGGGAUCUCUUCUCUUACAGAUUGGGUUGUUUAUAUUGGAUUCUCAAGCCCUUUCUGAGGAACACACUAUGUUUUUCUCGUUAUCAAACUUCCUCGUGUCAUCAUCAAACUUCCAGGUGUCAUCUUUUGAUCAACCUCCAUUUUUUACUAAUCCUUCUGUUGAGCUAAUCCCUAGUGAUUCUGAUGUAGUUACAUUUGAUGAGUUCUACAAUGCCUCACCACAUGCUCCAACUAGUUCUACAGAAGAUGAUAUGCCUGUUGGUAAUGCAUUAAAUAAUUUUGAACUUUCCUCUACCUCCUCAUCUAUAUCACCUGUUGAUGUUGCAUCUGAUAUUGUUGAGUUUACAAAUGAGUUUGUUGUCCCAUCCUCAAGUCGUCCUACUCAAGCCUCUACUAACCCUCUUUGGCAACAAGCUAUGCAAGAUGAAUUACAGGUUCUUGAGAACACUCGUACAUUGGAUUUAAUUGAUCUCUCUACUAAAAACAAAGUUUAUAUGAAACCACCUCCUGGGCUCAACCAUCCUCCAAACAAGGUAUGCCGAUUGCGACGUGCAUUAUACGGGUUGAAACAAUCCCUUCGAGCUUGGUAUGCAAAGUUUAGUGCUACUGUGAGUCAGUUUGGUUUUACUUCGAGUCCACAUGAUAGAGCUCUAUUCAUCCGUAAGAUUGCUCAGGGGCUUGAAGUCACCUCUUCAUCUGAUGGCUACUUGCUUUCUCAAGUAAAGUAUGCCUCUGAUCUUGUUUCUAAAGCUGAACUCAAUGAUAGCAAGAGUGUUUCAACACCUCUUGAACCUAAUGUCAAGCUUACACCUAUGAAUGGCUCUCCACUUUCUGAUCCUACUCGCUAUCGACAAUUGGUUGAUAGUCUAGUUUAUCUUACCACGACACGCCUUAACAUAGCAUAUGCAGUUCACAUUGUUAGUUAAUUUAUGGCUACUCCUCGCUCCACUCAUUAUGCAGCGAUACUUUGCAUUAUUCACUAUGUUAAGGGAACAUUGUUUCAUGGACUUCACUUUUUUACUCACUCAUCUCUUGAACUUUGUGCUUACACAUACGCUGAUUGAGUUGGUGAGACUUUAAUGAUCGUAAUCUACCACUGGAUAUUGUCUUUUUCUUGGUGAUUCCUUAAUCUCUUAGCGUAGCAAAAAGUAGACAGU